UUCGGCCCGUACCGAUCGUCCAUCUCUUUCUUUCUCAUCCAGCUCUUCGUCCCUCAUUAACAUCGGUUCUCCCCCUACCCCUUCGUUCUCUUUCCCCGCUCUCUCUCUCUCGUGCACAGCUAUAUUUGCGGUAAGCUAAAGGUAGAUGGAUCGAUCCUGCCCAGCUGUACCCUCGUUUCGCACGCAAAUAUACCCACGCAUUUAUUAUGCAGUAACAUCACGUUCUAGAUUCCGGCUAGGUAUAACAAUGACAAUAGAUCUUUACUACUUACCGCCGAGCCCGCCUUGUCGCUCCGUCAUGAUGCUGGGCAAGCACCUCGGCGUCCGCUUUAAUCUCAAGGUCGUCAACGUUCUCAAAGGAGAGCAGCUGAAAUCUUCCUUCAAGAAGAUGAAUCCUCAACAUACAAUACCGACCAUCGAUGACAAUGGCUUUAUUUUAUGGGAAAGCCGUCCAAUAAUGACUUAUCUGGUGAUGAAGUACGCAAAGAAUGACUCACUUUACCCAAGGGAUCCGAAACAGCGAAGUGUCGUCGAGCAUCGACUCUACUUUGACAUCGGUAUACUUUAUGACAGCAUCAUCACGUACCACGCUCCGGUAAUAUUUGGUAAAAUGGAUGCACCUCCUGAACAGUGUUUACCGCCAAUGGAACGCGCUUUCGAGCUUCUCGACAAAUAUCUACAGGAUAGCAAUUUUGUUGCUGGUGAAACUUUGACUGUAGCCGAUUUUAGUAUUGCAAGUUCAGUGAGCUCAGCAAAGGCUUUUGGUUUUGACAUAGAGAGAUACGACAAUGUUGCAACUUGGUACGAGCGUUGCAAAAAGGCCAUGGAGAAGUGUGGCUUUGAAGAAAUUAACGAAGCUGGAGCCAGAGUCUUGGGUAGUUUCUACAAAGCAAAUUUAAAAACCUAGUCACGGGCUUUGAGCUAUCAUUUUAUAUCUUCACAUGACUAGCAGAUCUACAGUAUAAAAAUUAACUUAUCGCUUAUCUUUUGCUGCGUCACGUUGAACAUAGUUUCAUCAUUAAUUUGUAUGAACUUUUUUUCCGUACACGAGUUUUUUUGCCAUUUUUAUUGUUAAAACAAAUACCCAAUACUUGCACAAUAUUUUUGUAGAUAACCAAAUUUCAAAUUUUUGCAAUGAAAAAUACAUACGAGUUCUAUUAUCAUUCAACCGCUAUCUUUUCCUCAUAAAAAUAUUUACUUAUUACGUGAU